AUGGAUCUUAUCGAAGAACAAAUUCGUCAAAGAAGUGCAGUCAAAAAUCGUGAAGUGAUCAUUGAUGGGCAAAAAGUGAAAUGGGCAUAUAGGUCCGAGCUCGUCGGGCGCCACGACCUCGAUAAAAAUCACCGAAACACAUGGAUGGCCUAUUUAAUAAUCAUUCUCAUCGGAUUCGGAGCUUUCGUAACAGUAAAAUCCCAAGUUGUGAUGGGUCGAAGACAAGAAAUGGACGCUCGUGAAGCACUUCGAAAAGAGUUGCAAUUGAGUGGAGACGAUAGAAAGAAAGUUGCAGUUGUUUAA